AUGUCGCCCUCCUCGCCCCCCUCUCAACCUUCACCCUCGUCCUCCUACGCGGACAAAAAGGACGACCUCUUCCCCAUGCACGGCGGCUGCGCGUGCGGCCACGUCCGCUACGAGCUGCGCCUCCCGCCCAUCCUCGUGCACUGCUGCCACUGCACCGACUGCCAGCGCCAGCUCGGCAGCGCCUUUGCCAUCAACGCCAUUGUCGAGACCGACGCCCUCGUCCUCGUUUCCGACCCCGUCUCCGCCCCGCGCGGCCGCGGCGGUGGCGACGGCAACAACAAGACGGCGGAGGACCCCGAGCCCCCGCAGGCCCAGCCCGCCGGCCUGCUCCCUGACUUUGCGCGCCUCACCCUCGCGACGCCCUGCCACGGCACCGAGACCGGGACAACUGCCAGCACUCACACCCACGAGCAGGGCGACAAGCCCGCCGAGAAGCUCCAGGAGGAAGAUGGCGAUACUUGUGGUGCCAGCCCGCCCAUCGGCCGCCCCUCCCUCGUCACCGUGCCCACCGCGUCGCACAUCGGCCAGACCAUCGCCUGCUGCCCGCGCUGCCACACGGGCCUCUGGAACCACUACGCCGACGCCGGGCCCUGCCUCGCCUACCUCCGCGUCGGCACCCUCGACCGCGCUGCCGACGUCGACCCGGACGUGCACAUCUUCACCCGUAGCCGCCGCGCCUUCGUCGCCCUCGCCGACGGGAAGCCCCAGUUCGAGGACUACUACGAGGACCGCGCCGCCUUCUACCGCCCCGACGUGCUGGAGAGGGUCGCCGCCCUCGAGGAGAGGAAGGCCGCCUACAGGGCCAGCCUCAAGGCCGCCCUCGGUCAAUGA